GAUGAAGCUCCUGCUCCUUGCUGUGUGUGCCCUGCUCCCUGUGGCUCACUGUGAGGAAGGGGCCAGGCUCCUGGCCUCCAAAUCACUCCUGAACAGAUAUGCAGUGGAGGGCAAGGACCUGACUCUGCAGUACAACAUCUACAAUGUUGGCUCCAGUGCUGCUCUGGAUGUGGAGCUCUCGGAUGAUUCUUUCCCGCCGGAAGAUUUUGGCAUCGUCUCUGGGAUGCUCAACGUCAAGUGGGACAGGAUUGCUCCCGCCAGCAACGUGUCCCACACCGUGGUGCUCAGGCCUCUCAAGGCUGGAUACUUCAACUUCACCUCUGCUACCAUCACCUACCUGGCCCAGGAGGGUGGGCAGGUUGUGGUUGGCUUCACCAGUGCUCCUGGGCAGGGAGGGAUCCUGGCUCAGCGGGAGUUUGACAGGAGGUUCUCCCCUCACUUUCUGGACUGGGCAGCCUUUGGGGUGAUGACCCUGCCCUCCAUCGGGAUCCCACUGCUGCUCUGGUACUCCAGCAAGAGGAAGUAUGACACCCCCAAGACCAAAAAGAACUGAGCCAGGUCAAAUGCCCCCACCCCCCAGAGCUCAGGAAGGAGGGAACAUGAACCCCAGAGCAGCAGCCUGGGGGGGGGGU